AGACUGAUAUAUAGUGUAACUUCUUGCAAUUACUUUACUAAACAUUUGUAAAGCAUGUUGUUUUAAACUCCCCGUUUGAGUCAACCAGUGAUCUAGUGUACUGUGAUGAAAAAGCUGAUAUAAUCUGGUUAUGAAAUUAUUUCUUUUAAGGGUUGGAUUUAUUUUGGAAAUCUGACAGACACCAAAGACGGAACAGUUUGGUCUUCAGCUAACCUUGUUCAUGCUAGAUCUCAGAUGGAGAGGAUUGUUAUUUGCCAUAGCAUUGACUCAGAGACAAGAUUUUUCUCAGAACAGCAAACACUUUGCUGCAUUGAAAAUGGAUCCAGGAUUGGAUCUGAUCUGGAUGGUGAUCUCCUUUCUUCUUCUGAUUCACCUGUCAAGUCAACAAGAAACUGGCUUUAUCUUCAACGGUUUUCGCCAAGGAGAUCUUUAUGUUGAUGGGGUUGCUCAAAUCCUUCCCGGUGGAAUUUUGCGGCUGACUGACACUUCAGAGCAGAAAAUGGGUCAUGCUUUCUUCAGGCAGCCCUUGGUGUUCAAUUCAUCUGAACCUCUCUCUUUCUCAACGCAUUUCGUGUGUGCAAUGGUGCGUAAACCAGGAGUUACUGGAGGAAACGGGAUCGCUUUCUUUCUAUCUCCUUCCAUGGAUCUUUCAAACGCAGAUGCAACUCAGUAUUUGGGUCUUUUCAACACCACAACCAACAGAUCUCCCUCAUCUCAUAUCUUUGCUGUUGAGCUUGAUACUGUUCAAAGUGCAGAGUUCGAUGACAUCAAUAACAAUCAUGUUGGCAUCGAUGUUAACAGCUUGACCUCUGUGGAAUCUUCUCCAGCAUCUUACGUUUCAGACAAAGGUCUGAACAAAAGCAUAAACCUACUGAGUGGAGAUUCCAUCCAGGUCUGGGUGGACUUUGAUGGAACUGUACUAAACGUUUCACUGGCGCCACUUGGGAUUCAGAAGCCAAGUCAGAGUCUUUUAUCAAGAUCCAUGAAUCUUUCAGAAGUUAUACAGGAUAGAAUGUUUGUCGGAUUCUCUGCAGCAACAGGACAGUUGGCAAAUAACCAUUACAUACUCGGUUGGAGUUUCAGCAGAAGCAAGGCGUUAUUACAAAAGCUAGACAUCUCAAAACUUCCCAAAGUUCCUCAUCCUAAGAAGAAACCUCCUCUAGUGCUGAUUCUUUUGUUGAUUCUACUUGUAAUCAUACUCUUGGCACUUCUAGUAGGAGCUUAUCUAUACAGGAGAAACAAGUACGCAGAAGUAAGAGAGGAAUGGGAGAAAGAGUAUGGUCCACACAGAUACUCUUACAGAUCAAUGUACAAAGCAACAAAAGGGUUCCACAAAGAUGGUUUCCUCGGUAAAGGAGGGUUCGGAGAAGUCUACAAAGGAACUCUGCCUGGUGAUGGAGACAUAGCCGUGAAAAGAUUCUCCCAUGAUGGAGAACGUGGGAUGAAGCAGUUCGUAGCUGAAAUAGCAAGCAUGGGUUGUUUGGAUCACAGGAACUUAGUUCCACUUUUAGGGUACUGCAGGAGAAAAGGCCAGUUUCUUCUCGUAUCCAAGUACAUGCCUAACGGAAGUCUUGACCAGUUCUUGUUUCAUAACAGAGAACCAUCACUUCCUUGGUUCAAAAGGCUUAGGAUUCUAAGAGGCAUAGCUUCAGCUCUACAGUACUUGCACACAGAAGCUACACAAGUUGUGCUACACAGAGAUAUCAAAGCAUCUAAUGUAAUGUUAGACAGAGACUUCACUGGAAAGCUAGGAGAUUUUGGUAUGGCUAGGUUUCAUGACCAUGGAGCUAAUCCAAUCACAACAGGAGCUGUGGGAACUGUAGGUUACAUGGCACCAGAGCUAACAACAAUGGGAGCUUCAACUAAAACAGAUGUAUACGCUUUUGGUGCAUUGAUACUCGAAGUAGCUUGUGGGAGAAGACCUGUAGAACCUAAUGUGACGAUUGAGAAACAGAUUCUGGUGAAAUGGGUUUGUGAUUGCUGGAGAAACAAAGCUUUAAUUGAUGCUCGAGAUCCUAAAUUGAGUGGAGGAGACUUUAGGUCUCAAAUCGAGAUGGUACUGAAGUUAGGGUUGAUGUGUAUGAAUCUUGUACCGGAAUCUAGACCUGACAUGAGAGAAGUUGUGCAGUACCUUGACGGACAAGUUUCUUUGCCGGAGUUCUCACCGGAUUCACCGGGAAUAGGGAUGCUUACUCCGGUUUUGGUAGGAGGAAACUCUUCUCCAACUACAGAGUUUAUUACUCACUCGAUCCAAUACGGAGUUGGACGAUGAUGAAGAAGUGUUUUCAAGAUUGAAGGUGUUCGUUGUUUACAAAAGUUGAUAUGGCCGAGUUGGUCUAAGGCGCCAGAUUAAGGUUCUGGUCCGAAAGGGCGUGGGUUCAAAUCCCACUGUCAACAAUUAAUUCUCUUUUUUUAAAUUUUUUAUUUUGGGUACU